AUGAACAACAUCCUCCUGAUUCCUAUCAUCGACAGCUCGGACCACUCGUGCUUGAUUCCGUUCAACUUUCGCACCAUUCGCAAUGAUAUACGCAUUGACGGGUACCAGCUGUACGCAGUGGAGAAAUGGAUUGUUGACAGGAAGCGGAGUCUGCCUGUGCUUACGGUCUAUACAGGACACCCGGACCACACCAUACCGGUCCUGUCUUUGGCCCCGGAAAGCGAUGAGGAGUGGGAGAAGGCCAUUCACCACCUUCGGCGCGAUGGCGCACGCCCCAAGCAGACCCCGCAUGGAGUCAUUAUGAACACAUCUCUGGCGGGAUUCCGAAGUGACUUCACGAUCGUGUACAUACCGAACGGGGACUUUGGCGCGAUCAAAGACCAGCUGUAUACGAAUAUCAACUUGCUCCGAAUGGGGUGCUCUGGGAGGAGCGCGCUGACUUUGGAAGAGCCGAGUGAUACAACGAAAGACCGGUUCAUCUCAAUGUAUCACUUGCCGGACGUCUCGUUCGGAGAUGGCUCGACACCAGUGCCGACUUCGAAUCAACAUAAAUCGAAGCAGAAACCUCAGCGGACGCCCGUCAAUGUUCUAGAAGUCUACAAAACACUUAAUCCGCAACACUCUACCCCGUUGUCGCCCGGUCGUGUCGCUGGAGGGGCGGUGGUCAUGGUGAAGACGAAGGACAAACCGGUGUUCAACAAGACCGUUCUAGAGCUGGUGAAGCUGAUUCAAGCUGCAUUGGUGAUCUUUGGUAUGUAUGACACGCGAUACGGGGCUAUCAAACCGAAGAUGGUAGACAAGGACGGGAAGUUUGUGAUCGACGGGCUGCUGUGUGAUGUGACGGUGGAGGGGAUACAGCGGUGGACCAGCGAGAUUGGCGAACCAUGCGUCGGGGUGGAGCCGAUGGAACGCGUUGCGGACCCAAGCAUCGUUUCCGCCCUCCUCAGCCUCGUGCUAGCCACCCGUAAUAAACUCGUCACACUAGGAUACGUCCAUGUCCCGAAGGAUCCGUUCCUCCACCCUCAUCAAUUCCUCGUCACGCUGAACAUCUACGUCCUCGGCAGCGGAUCGGGAUCCACGACCUCUCCAGCAUCAGCAUCAGCAUCGACACUAACCUUCCACUCCCCCAACUAUUCCCAAUCUCAUUUCGCAUCAGCGCACUUCCCUAUUUCAUUGCCCCCGCCUCGACCUGGGCACCACCGCUCACUCUCGAAUCUCACUUUACCUAAUAGCGUGUUCGGUGGCCCUGGCGGCACGUCGACCACGACGCUUAUGCACUCGCUCGGGCCAGGUGAUAUUGUGUUUGCGCCUGGUUCCGCUAGUGCGAGCAAGAAGAACCUCGCUUCGACCCCGAUGAACAUGCCUACCUCCACACUUACCCGUGCAAUCAUUCAGUCGAUCAAUGCGAUGUAUGUAUCGAAAGUCGGCUCGGGAGGUGGCGAGUCGAGUGGGAAAGCUAGGAGAGCGCUCAGUGGCGAUGGGGGACGGGUGCGUCGGGCGAUAAAAGGCAAACUAGGAGAUAUAGGAAAUGCGGUAGGGGUGGGCGACAAGGAUAAGGACAGGGAUAGCGACAAUGACGCUCGGGGUGCAAUGAGCGAGGGUGAGGGUGGCUCGGUGCUCGAGCGGGGAGAUUUCAAGGAUAGGUCCGACCGCGGGUUUGCUGGGAUCGCAUCCAACCAAUUGUUUAGUGGGCUUGGGAGUUUGGGGAGUGGGAUCGGGAAUCUGGCGAGUGGGAUUGGGCUAGGGCUAGGGUUACCGGGAAGUGGGGGUGCGGGGGCGGGCGGUGCCGCGGUUGUGUCGGAGCCGUUGUUGGAUUUGAGUACGUUUGUGGAGAUGGUUGCUGGGGUGGGAGAGCGGGAGGGGAGGAUUAGGGAUAAGAAGAGGGAGAAGGAGCAGCUGAAGUUGAGGAAGCACGAGAGGGAGAGGUCGGAUGAUGAGAGGGAUAGGAAGAAUAGUCGGGAUAGUUUUGGGGAGAGCCCGAAGAGCGGGGGGCUAAGAGGGCGUGUUGGGAGGCGGCAUAGGAAGGAGAGGGAUAAGGAUGGGGUGAAGGAUGACGGAAAUGUGAGGGGUGUAGGCGGCACGGUGAGGGCGCUGUGGAGUGGGCAUGUGUUAGAGAUCGUGAAGCUGAGGGAGUUGAUCGAGGAGAUGCAAUGCCCGAAGAAAGAGGUUGUUAGUGGACCUGUCGCCGCCGAGGAACAGCGGAAGAAGGGAGAGGGAGAUAAGGUCAGAUGGCCCGACCAAUGGGCGCUAGGUAAUAAUGGUGUAGCUAGCGAUGGAGAUGUGGAUACUCGACAAGGGAGCCCGGUGUUGCAGAGAAACGGGAGGUUCAGGGAUGGGUAUCGCUCGACGGAGGACGAAAGCGACAAUAGUCAGGCCCCAAUCAGGCGGAGAGAUCGACCUACUUCCAUUGGCAGUGGAUUCUCUGGGUGGAGCGGGGUGCGCGAUAAGAUUGGGUCAUGGCGGCACUUGGCUGAUAAUCGCAACAAACGCAAAAAGGACGAUGUUAAUCCUUUUGGAGAUGCGCCACGAACGAGCGCGGAUGCGAAGGCCCGACUCAAUUUGAUUGAUACUGGGUUUCUGACACCCCCGAGGCUCGGCGCAGGGCACGGGUCAACACAGAGUCCGACGUUGCAUCCAUUCUAUAGUGGGGAUGAUGAAGACCUGUUAAGCAGUGGACAGGUCUCGCCGAUUUCCGACCGUAUUGAGUCUAAUCCUUUCCAUACCUUUGGGACACCAAGCAAACUCAAGCAGACUUCGAAUGAGCCCUCUGCCGCGAACUCUACGCUCAACCUAUUUGCGAACAACUACGGUUCGUCUUUGGUUGCGUUGAAUGGCGAGGGUGGGGCCGAAAUCAGUGACUACAAGCGCAAAGUCGAGGCCUUCGAUGUUCAGACGAGGAAGCGACCUUGGGGUAAACGUAUCGUGCAGAAUAGGGUGUUAAGCUGGUCGGACCCAUUGAGUGCCCGAGGUAUCGUUGAUGCUGAAGGCGAUUCUCAGGGCCAUGGAAGCGGCUCUGAAAGCGACGUCGAAGAGACGGAUGGUGUCAACCAGUCUCAAGAUAUUGUGAAGCGUAUGGUAAGGAAGAAGCGGAAUGUGCGGCGGGGAGAGACUCUGCCCGUACAAGACUCUGGAGCAACUGGAAGUGCGGACGAAGGCAUGGACGACUUCUUUGGCCAGACGCCGAGGCAGAGAAGGCUUCGUCGCGAGGCUAAAAGGCGGCGUAGCUUUCAUGACCUGGCGGCGUUCCGAGAUAUCCGAGUGCUAACCCCAGACCAGAUGAAGAUCGAUGUGGAACUAUGCGGGCAUUAUCUCGUUCUGUCACGCAGAGAAGAGCAUUUGGUUAAUGUGAUGCAGUGCCUUGAGAUCUUUGCCAACCAGCUGUCGGCGACAAACGCUUCCCUCCGUUCGGACUACCAAUCGCACCUUGCCUUUCUCACUGAGCUCGAGUCGCAUACCAAAAUUCUGGCCGCCCUGGAAGCUUCUCGUGCUCAGGCAGCUGUAUCCACUCAGGAAACCAACACUCUAUUAUACGAAUCGGAUCAGUUCAGACUGCAUGAUCUGUGGAGAAUGGCCAGUAUGCCUCGGCACAAAGUUCUUGCGUUAAGAGAGAAGGUAUUUGGUUCGGGGGGAAGACGCAGGGUCAAACAGGGCGUGUACGGCGCACACGGAAAGUUUGAUAGGGUGCAGUGGACUUUAGACGGGAGAGAGAGGUUGGUCGAUUCGCUGGGCAGGACAGAGAGUGAGGCCGAAGAAGAGAGUAUCGUUGAGAGGGAAAAGAUUAUCCACAGGGAGGAUGUCGGCACGGAAGGAGAUGAAGACGUUGGCGAAGAAGGUCUCAAGCUUGGCGAGGAUGAAAGGGAUGUGGUGGAUAAUCCGACGAUUAAGCCCAUGUGGCUGCUACAGUUCUUCACAAACUGGGGCGCCAGGUGGGGUGCUGCAGUUUCUGCCACAGCGCCUGAACAGUCAACAUCAGCAAAUGGUACGGCAGCUCCGUCGAAGGAGAAUGCCGAUGCCGUAGAUGAAAGUCCCCCAACUUCGACAUGA